CGGUUUCACGUUUUCAUCACUGAUCCCAGUCCUGGUUCAGGUGUGGGUGCGGGUCUGGUUUCUCCUCCGGCAGGGGCGGAGACAGUUCGGUGGGGCGGUGUGAUGAAGAGGAGGAGCAGCUGGUCUCGGUUCAGUCUGUCGCAACGUUUUCUUCUCUUUGUUUCUCAAGUAAAGUUCUGAUGGGCCAGCCGGGACCGCGCCGAGCCGGAUUAAAGUGGCAUUAAAGGCGGAUUAAAGGCUGGGAGCAGCGGGCCCCGCAGCGGGUCAGGGGGGGGACUGGACUCGGCUUCAGGUCUUCAGGUCUGAUCGGGUCCGGACCAUGGGUCGGUGGGACUGACGGACUUCUGAGGAAACUUUUUUUGUGGCGUUUCCAUGGAGAUGGGAGUCUUCCCUUCCAGCUGAGGAAGCUGAUUAGACUCCGAUAAGGUAUCGAUACUCUGUAUUGAUCGCGUAUUGAUCGGAGGGAUGGCCGCGCUCCCGCUACUGUUGCUGCUCGUGCUUUGGACCUGCGGACACGCCAAAGGCGCGUUCCCGCUGCGACAGUCCUACAACCUGUACACCAAUGGACACGCGCACGGAGCCCGCGCUGCCAGCAGGCACAGGAACUGGUGUGCGUUUGUGGUCACAAAGACGGUGAGUUGUGUGGUUGAGGAUGGAGUUGAAACCUACGUGAAGCCUGAUUAUCAUCCCUGCAGCUGGGGGAGUGGACAGUGCAGCCGGGUGGUGGUUUAUCGGACCUACAUGAGGCCGCGCUACAAAGUCGCCUACAAAAUGGUGACAGAGAUGGACUGGAAGUGUUGCCAUGGUUACAGUGGAGCAGACUGCAACAUUGGUCCAGUUGGUGGAGGAGGGACUCAGAUAUCCACCACCAGACCUCAGCCCGGACAGGGAGGGGGGACGACCAGUGGACAAGGUGGAGGAGGGCAUAGUUAUGGGGGAGGCAGUUCUGGAUCUGGACAGUCUGGAGGAAACGCGGACAACGAGAAGAUGAGACAGCUGGAGGAGAAGAUCCGCAGUCUUACAAAAAAUCUCCAGGACCUUCAGUCCACCAUGAGCACCAUGAAUGAGCGCUUACAGGAGGAGGGCGGCAGGAAUGGACUUGGUGGAGGAAGCUCAGGAGGGAGAAACCCUGCGGAUGCCGCUCAGCCCGAGAUUAAAGAGACGAUUCACAGCAUUCAGACCAAACUGGACCAGCUGGACAACCGCACACAGGCUCACGAUAAAACCCUGGUCAGCAUCAACAACCACCUGGUGAAUGGGAAAGGUAAUGAGUUGGAGGGAGGUGUGUCUGGAGGAUCGUUAAGUGAAGGACGGCUGAACUCACUGAAGGAGGAGAUCCUGAGCGAGCUGGAGAGGAGAGUGUCGCUGUCCUGCUCCUCCUGCCAGGCCGGUGUGGAGGAUCUGCGCAAACAGCAGCAGCAGGACCGUGAGAGGAUUCGAGCUCUGGAGAAGCAGAUGAACGCCAUGGACGUCCAGUAUCGGCAGAGCCUGGACGGGCUGCGGCGGGACGUAGUGCGUUCGCAGGGAUGUUGCGACAUCAUCAGUGACCUCCAAGAUCGCGUAACUGAUGCUGAACGCAAGAUCAGCACGGCCUCUGAGAACUUUGAUAUUCUGCAGAACCGCCUGGACAGGGAGCUCAGCGGACAAGGUGGCACCAGUAGCAGCGAAAACACUGGGUCCAGAGGACAAGGGUUACCUGUUGGUGGUGAAACUGGCGGGCAUGGUAGGGAUGCCAUGAUAACAGAGGAACGCCUGAACAACCGAUUGAAGGAUCUGGAGCGACGGGUCAACAGCACUAUGCAGAAAACCGAAGAGAGCUGCUCAUACCUGGAGAACGACGUGAAAGACUACUUCCACAGAGAACUGGACGAGCUGAGGUCCGUGUUUCUGGAGCGGUUUGAUGACCAGGCCGACAGGAUCGCAGACGUGGAGCUGGACGUGGAGCAGGUCAAGAAAAGCAUACGUGAUCAUGACAAGCGGCUGUCGAAACUAGAAAACACCACCUCCCAAAUGAACUGGAGGCUGGAGAAGUGUGGCUGUGUAGCGUCUGAACAAGGAGGAGGAGGAGAAGGAAGAGGUGACGGGGGAUAUGGAGGUGGAAGUUGGGGAGCAGGAGGGGGUGGAUCAACAGGAGAAGGAAAAGAGGGGGGUAACAGAGGGGAUGGGGGUGGGACGUGGGGAGCCGGAGGAGGAGGAGGAGGAAGUACAGGGGGAGGAGGACGCUGGGGAGGUACCGGGGGAGGAUUACCGGGAACGGUAGGAGAAAGAGACAAUUCAACCAAGAAGUCUCUGGAGUGGAGAGUGGUGGCUAACGAGGAUCAGAUUCGACAUUUCAACACUCAACUCAAAGACCUGUCGAUGUCCGGAGACUCUCUGUAUGACAAGGUUUUGGACCUGACCGAUGACGUCGGUAAAAUCAAAGCCCUGACCGGUGAUCACGGAGAACACUUUAACCGAAUCGUGACGGUGGUGGAGAUGCUGGGCGAGGACUGCGAGCUGUGCAGGAAGGUGGAGGAAGAGCUGCAGAAGAUGAAGAAUUAUUCCCAGAAUGCGCUAUCCAAUAUUCAGAACCACAUCGACAGAAUCCAGAACAGACUGGAUUCAGAGGGAGACAGCUGCUUCCAGAUGUGCUCAGUCCUGCAGAGUGAAGUCAGUGUUCUGAGGGAUGAUGUCAGGAGGUGCACCAACCAAUGCAAGAGCAACCCGGACAUAACCACAGGUGUUGAUCAUGCUAGACCUGGUGGCACAGAUGACAACAGUGGACCGCUGGAUCCUGCGAAGCCUUUAGAUGGCCAUAGCGUGAAUGAAGGCAUCAACAAUAACCACCUGAAAACGCUGCAGGGCGAACUGUCCAAUGUCAUCCUCACCUUCAGCUCCAUCAACGACACCCUGAAGGGUCUGGAGCACACGGUGCAGAAACACGACAGCGUCAUCACGGACCUCGGAAAUACUAAGGAUAAGAUCAUCUCUGAGAUAGACAAAGUCCAGCAGGAGCUGACAGAGCACAUCGAAGACAACCGGAAUCGUCUGGAUAAGAUGGACAGGGACAUUCGGCGAUUUGAGAGUACAGUGCUUGAGAUGGGAGACUGUAAGAGGUCUGGGGACGGGCUUGAGAAGAGGCUGUCGAAGCUGGAGGGAGUUUGCGGACGGCUGGAUGGGGUCUCUGACUCCAUCCUCAAAAUCAAGGAAGGACUGAACAAACACGUUUCGAGUUUGUGGACGUGUGUUUCUGGUCUGAAUGACACCGUUAUCCGUCAUGGAGGUCUGCUGGACUUUAUCCAGAACGGCCAGGACGACAUCCACAGCAGAGUGAAGAACCUGAACUCGAGCUUGAACCAGGUCUCCAGAGACCUGCAGAGUUUGUCAGAGCAUGACCUGACGGGCCCACCAGGCCCACCAGGACCUCAAGGACACCCAGGAGAACGAGGCUUCAAUGGGCUGCCUGGCCUCCCAGGGCCCCCUGGAUUUCCAGGACCACAAGGAGAAAUUGGCCCACCCGGUUCCAAAGGGGAAACAGGCCUUCCUGGCGCUGAUGCUCAAAUCCCCAAAUUGUCGUUCUCUGCUGCUUUAACUGCCCCCAUGGACAGAGCAGGAACCAUCGUCUUUGACAAGGUCUUUGUCAACGAAGGAAAUUUCUACAACCCGAGAACAGGUAUCUUCACUGCACCUGUAGAUGGAAAUUACUACUUCAGCGCCGUCCUGACAGGUCACAGGAACGAAAAGAUCGAGGCAGUCCUGUCAAAGUCGAACUACGGCAUGGCCCGCGUGGACUCUGGAGGCUAUCAGCCUGAGGGCCUGGAGAACAACCCCGUGGCCGAGGCUAAAGUUAACCCGGGCUCUCUGGCCGUCUUCAGCAUCAUUCUGCCUCUGCAGACUCAGGACACGGUGUGCAUCGACCUGGUGAUGGGCAAACUGGCUCACUCUGUGGAGCCGCUCACCAUCUUCAACGGCAUGCUGCUGUAUGAAGACAAGUGAGCAUUUAUAUCGAUUUAUGGUGAACAAAAAGGCCUGAGGACCUGAACAGCGCUGUUUAAGAUUCAUGACAAACCCACAGGAGACGGGUCCAUAAAGUAUGAUGUCACUUCCUAAUUUGGGAGUGAUCGAGAACUGAUGACAGAGUAUUUUUCGAUGAAGCUUCCUGGUUGAUUUCAGCAUCAGUAUAACGUGUUUUUAACAGAUCACACAGACUGCACAGAAAACUUUUUCUUCAGAGGAGGCUUUACGUCACCUCUCAUGUGGAUGCCAGAGUGGAUUUACUAUAAACCCAGUCAGCUGAUCUGAUGUAGUCACAUGGUCUGACCUCAGAGCAGCGCUGUGAGAACUGACGUCCCUGUAAACCAGGAUAAGCUGAUGCCUGCCAGACCUGCUUCCUCCUACUAGAAAGCCUCUGGAAACACACCGACGCAUGUGGUGAAGAGUUCCAGAUUUAACCGUGUAACGUGCUGUUAGUGCCCUCUAUAGGCCGCAGAGCUCAUUACAGCAAUAAUGUGAACAAGCAUUCUGAUGAUUUAUAGAUGGCUGCCACAUAAAGUUUUUACUGAGGGCGGCGCUACAGAAAGUUUGUGAAGUCACAAAAAUGCUAUUAAAGAUAUCAGUUAACGAUCAUUAGAGCAGUAGAUGUUGAGAUAAAGUGGAUGUUUAUCAAAUGUAAGCCCCCUUCUGGGCAAAUGAGCAUGACUUUAAAUGUUAAUGCACUGUUACUCGUACCCACCACUCAGUCCACUCCCCCUGUGAAGCGCUUCCUGCCACAACCGCUCCGUCUUGUCCAGAUGUUGCUCUGCAGGCAUUAGAUGCUGACAGAUGUAAUCAGGUGGUGGGUCAGGUUUUCCACGAGGAUGAUGUUUAGUGCUGAAUAGUGAUUUAUGAGCCUUCACUCCUGCCCCCUGAUGGGGGUUUCCGUCGUCUUUUCUGUUGAGCAGAUGUGCUGUUGAUUCUUUUUCUUGAUCUUCAUCAUUUUUAAGUGGAAAUUGAAAAAUGUCAUCCCCCAGAAAAUGAAAGGAUACGUGCUGUUACCUUAAGAGGGGCGAAAACAGAAAGUGGAAAUAUAUUUUGAAAUAUAUUUUUCAUUGCUGCAACCAGGUAGAUUUAGUGCUUAAAAGGAACAAAACAAAGACUGAAAAUAAGCCUCUUAACGUGCAAAAUUCUUAAUUACAGAGAAACAAACUGCUCAGACUUUUCCGUACAGCUGUGCCUGUGACUGGUGAAUCUUUGGAUAUCUGUUAUUACUGAUGGUGGGAUAUAUCCCAUCGCCACCCCAAUGCCCUACCCUCACAGGUCAGUGGUUGUCAUGGCAACAUGAGACGUUGUGACUUUACAUACGAUGAAAGAAAACCAAAGAAAGCUUUUUUGCUCUGAUGCUUUCUAACAGCAGAAUGUUUAUCUAUUUUCAAUCUGUGUGGAUUUUCUUUUUAAACUGAGAUGAGUUCACAUUGUGAAUGUUUUUAUAUUAAACAGCACUUUUUCUUGUUUUUAUUGUAAUUUUUAUGUUCUAACAAAUAUUUAUCACAGAAUUUCACAUUUAUGGACAAACGUUAAAGGAUGGAAAUACUCCGUAUUUUCUUACUGUCAAGAAAUACCAUAAAAGCACAGUGGUGGAAGAAAUAUUUUGAUCCUUUACUAAGUAAUAAUACCACAUUGUACUGUACUUAAGUAAAGAGAGUAACACCACUUGUAAAAAUAAAGAAUUACUAUUAACGAGUCCUGCAGUCUAAAUGUUAUUUCAGUAAACAGCAUUAACUGUCAGCAGACAGAUAUUGUUUGAUUUAAAACCCAGAAACCAAGCAAACUCUUACAGAUGCACGAUCUGUUUUUUCUUCGACACACAGAAGGAAAUAAAUUCAUUCGGCAUUUUAUUACGAGUAUAAUCCACAUUUGGUUCUGUACUUUGUAUUUGUGGCAGUGAAAGAACCAGACAUUUAUUACAGAUCAUUGUUUACAUUAGGAUAACAUAUUUUUUGGUCUCUUGCUCUUAUCGUUUGCUUAUGCAGACAUGGCUGAUAUAUAGAAGAAUGCUAUGAGGAGUGUAUAUAUAAUAAGCUUGUUUAUGUUACCUUCGGUUGAACAGUUGUUUAGUGAGCAAUGCUUAAUUUCUGAUAAAGCUUUUAAGAUGACUAAAACAUAAAUGGGCAGAUGCACUGGUAAAACAUGCCCAUCCAGGAAGACUGUACGGCAGGGGUCUCAAACUCGCAGCCCGGGGGCCACUUGUAGCCCAUGUUACCCCUACUUGCGGCCCGUAUUUUGACCUGAAGAAAUUUAAUUUGGCUGUCGAAGUUACUUUUUUGUGAGGGAGAAUUUGUUUGUUGUUGAGUGCAAUGUUAAAAUAAGUUCUUUAAAAAGCUAAAAAUGAUGUAAUAUGAUGGCAACAUGAUCAGAGAGCACAAACAUGUCGAGGGACUGGCUGUGUUAGUUCAGUGAGAGUCAAAAACUAAUGUGUACGCUUAUGUCUGCAUUUUAAUUUUGUCAGGUCAGACAAUAUUUGAAAUUUAAACAAAACACUACAUUUUCAGAAAUAUUUGUGGGUGUUUUCUCAUUUGUUUGUUUGUUUUUUUGUACUACUUGAAGACAAAAGUGGCCGUGGCCUGCUGCUCGCUUAAGUUUGAGACCCCUCCUGUAGAGAAAGUCCUCCUCAAAACAGUAGCUGUUAGCGGAGGUAACCCCAGCUCUGUGAGUAUGUGCAUAGCCCUGAAUCUGUUCACCCUUGGUUGUGUAGGGUGACAUACUGUAAGUCUCUCAGGCCCAGUUCCUGAGAAGGACAUCUAUGUGUCACUGGAUCCAGUAAACCACUGGUGAGGAAGGAACAUGGCAGUCAGUUCAACAGUGGGGCUGAGUCAUGAGUUCUAAUCAUAUAAAGUAUAAAAGAUGGGUGUAUUGUCCAGCUCCUAACUGUAAAGGCCACAUGUGUCUUAAACCUGUGUUUGUUUUAAAGGCCAUCAGAGGCUGAUACCUGGGGUUGUACAAAGACUUCCAGUAUCAGUCUAUGAGAGAACAGCUCCUGGCUAAACACCUUCCUGAUGGUUUCAUUGUUUCAGAUCAUCCUGAAUAAAACAUGAAGUUCAUUGUGUAAGUUUUGGUUAUUCUCAAAGUUAUAAACGCUGUGAAAGAAAGACAGAGAUGUGGAUAAUUGUCAUGAUCCCCGCAUCCCGCCAGCUGACGUCUGUCAGACGCUAUGUUUUGUUUUUUCCCCUCUCUCGCUUCUGCUCUCUCUUUCUCUCUUGCUCUCCCCUGGCCCACGCACCUGGGGAUGAUCAGCACACCUGCCGCUGAUUAGGACGAUUGGCGUGCUACUUAAGAUGGCAGACCGGCUCUACUCGUCGCUGGAUCGUUGAGCCAUCAGUGUCAGUCGCCCUGCUACUUGCAAUUUGAACUUGUGAGUACUUCUGAACCUGGAAACUAACCGAUUGUCUGUAUGUGUGCAGAUCUCCCCUGGACCUGUCCCCGUGUAACUGAAUGAGCGUGAGCACGAGAAGUGGUGGAGAGAAGAGGAGCUGUUUGGGCUUAAGGAAGCUGUGUGGAAAGGAUCAUAUUUUCCAAAAAUUAAUGUCAUGUUGCGUUAAAUAAGAUGAAAAAUUAGCAACUGAAAUGUUUUUCCAACCAGAGGAGUCGCCCCCUGCUGCACAUUAUGAAGAAUGCAGGUUUUGUAGCAGCUUCACUUUUCACCUGGAGAGACCUUGGAGGAUGUGCCCGUUAUUUAUAUACAGUCUGUGUGGACAGCACGCACUGUUACAUGUUUCACCUGUCCUUGAAUCUUUGACCUCUCAGCAGAUCAAUAACACUUUGUUGAACAGCUUCAUCUGAGCGUCAUUGGUCACUGAAUAUGAUGUGAUUCACAGCGGUAACCUGUUCAUCUCCACAGCCCACAGAGGAACUGACAGCAGAUAUUUAUAUCACCAUAUGCUGGUUCCCACCUUCUUCACAGCAGUCUUUUUUCCCUCAGUGGGUUUAGAAAUGUCCUUCUCUGGUGGGUAUUUGUCACACUCGUCUACUGAUGAAUAAUUUCUUCUGUCAUUAAAAAAACUAUUAAAUC